CUCGACUUCUGGAACGGGAUCUAUGACAGCCUGUUCAGAUUGGAGCUCCCGAUCUGUGUUCGCCUAGUCGCUUACGCUGAUGACGUGGCGGCGGUGAUAAUCGAGCGCUCUCCGGAUCUGGCGCAGUACAAACUAAAUCAAGCGAUGAGUCGGACGGUCGACGAUUGACCACGGACUGCACCUCGCUACAGAGAAGACGGAAAGAACUAGUGCUUCUCAUCACAAAACGUAUACCGACCAGACUACGGAUGACGGUUGAGAUAGACGGGAUCGAGACCAGGGGUGAAGCAAGUACUUGGAGGUGACCCUAGAUACGAAGAUGACCUUCUGACCUUACAUACAGAGGACAGCCCGGAUGGCGGCCGGAAGGAUAGCACCCAUAAGCUGCCUGAUGGCGAACACGAACGGACCGAGGCCGGGGAAACUGAGACUGUGAUGUCGACGAUGCACUCGAUUCCGCUCUACGGGGCGGAGAUCUGGGCAGAUUCCCUGAAGGCAAAGAAAUAUGUCACGCCAUGGCGCCAUGAUGACUGUAUAGAGACGGAGCGCGUUGAGGAUCGCCGGCUCCUACCGGACUCCGUCAGCUCAGGCCAAUCUGGUGGUUGCUGGCGUGAUUCCCAUAGAUUUUCUUGCUUUCGAACGCAAGAGGAUCUACGGCAGAGACGAUCGUGGGAAGCAUAACUCCCGACAACAUUGUCGAGGUGAUAUGCUCCACGGGGAACAGCAGUGACAACUCGUUGCCACCCCCACAGAGACCAUCUUACGACGAAAGAACGCGGACGGCUGCUUAGCGUGACGUGACGUACACGGACCAAGUGCCCAGCUAGAAGUAAUAUUAACGUAGUUCCCGGCUGGGGGCGGUUGCGCAAGAGGUGGUGGUUUUAGUGAGUAGGCUAUUCAGGACUCCCACAUCCGCUCCAGCCUGUAUGACUGACGUAAAUCCGUCACUUGGAUUCCGCAACUCCUCGGAUAAAAAAAGUCCGAGGAUGCAACUUCCUGGUUGGCUGAACCAUUGUCUACUGUUUCCGGUUUCUGUUGAUAAAUCGGUGAGUUUCAAGAAGGACAAAUUAAGAUACGGAAAUGUUUGAUUCUUUUGCGUAUAUUUAUAGUAUAGUUUAUGGAAAUCCGGUUGCGUGGUUAAUAUCGCGUCAUUGGUUUAUAUUGAGCAUAAGGUUGGAUAUAUAAAUACAGUUAUUGACGGAGAAGCUUUAGUCCGUCACUCUUGGUUCGUCUAAUCACAUUGGUUACCGGGAUAUAUCAUAAUUUCAUUUCAAAUCUAGAGCCAUGCAGGUCUACUUAGGCUUUUGGUUUCUAAUGACAGUUUUAGUAGUGCACGGUUGCAUUGACCAAUGCGAGAAACUGAAUUCUAUAGAGGACGAUCGUUCAUUCACCCUCAUCGAGAGUCAAGAAGAAAAGAAGGCCGCUAGAUUAAUACAUGAGAAAAUGAUGAAGUACGAUCUUCUACAGCCACGCGAUAUGCUGAUUAAACUGUCACCGUCGUUAAACUUUAUGCCAUCGUCGAUCUUUGUCAAACGGUGCUUUCCAAUUGAUCGUAACUCUGGAUCUCUCAUUGUGCAAACCGCAAAUGUAACUAGAAAAAUUCUAGUGAAGCGAAUGGUCUCACAGAAGUGGGUGUUCUAUAAUGUGAAUGUUGUAGAACACAUCAAAUGCGGAUACGCCCAUCUAAACAGUUCACGGAACAGAGCCAAAUAGAUGUCUGAACUGCCAGAACUACAUCUGCAAAUCCAUCGAUGAAGAUUAAAACGAGAGAAAGUGGUGUGAAAAAACGAAACUAUACAGAUUGCAAAUGAAAAUAUGAUGGCAAAUGAAAAUAUAA